AUGUCUAAAGUGAGUGGAUUAGGAGCAAUUGGCCUGCCUUGGGAUCAAAAAAUUGCAUCUGCAAUCUGGUUUUUAGCAACUGGUAAUAGUUUUAGAACUUUAAGUGAACAAUUUGGAUUUAGUGAGACAACGGCAAUCUACGCAUUUCGAAAUUUUUUAGAUGCAAUCAUUGAAAGAUUUUUUAAUGAAAAGAUUUGUUUUCCUAGGUCAAACAAUGAAUUUCAAAGAAUUAAUUCUGGUUUUAAACGACUGGCUGGAUUUCCUAAUGUUUUUGGAUGUAUAGAUGGCAGCCAUAUCAAAAUAAAAUCACCAUCACGUUAUUCUGUUGAUUAUUUCAAUAGGAAAAAUUAUUAUUCUAUAGUAUUACAAGCAGUAGUUGAUCAUAAUGGAAGGUUUUUGGAUGUGUAUACAGGAUGGCCUGGCUCAACACAUGAUUCUCGUAUUUUAACAAACUCAUCUCUUUAUAUAAAAUUUACAUCUGGAAGACCACCAGAAUUCCCUGCUAAUAAUUAUAUAUUGGGUGAUAGUGGUUAUCCAAACCUAAGUUGGCUUAUAACACCAUAUCGUGAUAAUGGCAGUGGAGAUGCCUUUUUGGAAAAAAAUGACUUGAUUUCUGAAUUAGAUGGAUUCGAUGACAGUAACACUCAUUUAAAUUCAAGUAAUUCAAAUAAUUUAGAUACUUUGGAAGGAUCAUCAAUUAGAGAUGAAAUUUGUAAUCAUUUGUGGAGUGCUCACCAAAGAA